AACAGUGUUGUCAUGAUGUAACCCGUUUGAAUGUAAGCAUUUAUGUAAACAUACCACCAGAUUCAGCUGAUCAGAAAUAAUAACUUUAGUUUAUUUAGUCACGGACUAAAACCAGGUCCCUGGAACGUCGUGGAAGGAUCUGCAGCCAUGGGCGAGUCAGCGCUGGAGUGGUACUUUGAUAACUUCAUUGCAAAUGACUCCUCGAAGAUGGAGGAGGAGGAGGAGGAGGAGGUGAACGAAGAGCUGGGCGACAAGCUGUUCCUCAGCUUACUGCCUGAUGAGCUCCUAACACUGUACGAGUCCAGCCCGGAUGACACAGGCAGCAGCACCAGUCGGGACUACAGCUCCCAGAAUUCCACAGCAGCGGCCGAGCGCCCAGGUGGGUCGUCCAUGCCGGAGCUGGGUGCCUCCCCCGUUCGUCCCACGACCCCCGUGAUACCUGUGACACAGCAGCCAGAAAACAUGCCACAGAUACAGAACGUCAUCUCCACGGUGAAUCUGGGCUGUUGUCUGGACCUGCACUUAAUUGCUUGCAAAGCGUGGAACGUAGAGUACAGACCAAAGAUUUACAAGGCACUCAUCAUGAGGAUCCGUAAGCCACGAACCACAGCAAUAAUCUACAAAUCUGGAACUAUUGUCUGUACAGGAGCAAAAAGUGAGGAGCAGUCACGGCUGGCGGCCAGGAAGUACGCCCGCAUAGUGCAGAAGCUGGGCUUCCCCGCCCGUUUCCUGAACUUUAAGAUCCAGAAUUUGGUGGCCAGUUGCAGCACCUUCCCACUCAGUUUGGAGCGACUGGCCCACCAUCAGAACAGCAGUUAUGAACCAGAGCUGUUUCCUGCCCUCCACUACAACGUGACGCCUGGCAUAACUGCCACCAUCUUUUCAUCUGGGAAGAUGUGUUUGAGCGGGGCUAAAAAGGAAGCUGAGGUCUACGAAGCGUUUAAUAUCAUCUAUCCGGUCCUGAGCUGCUUCAGGAGGCAGUGAAGAGCGAUGCACCAAACUCUGACAGGAGCGGCUGCUCAUUUCAAAACUUACGUUACAAAAUAGACUGUUUUUGAGUAAUUGUUGAACAGGUGUCAACAUCCUUAAAGGAAAUAAAUGAAUGUCUUUCCCUCAGUG